AGAAGAAAAACCAACAGGAAGAAGUCGUUGCAGCCGCCAUUAACAUCUUCUGGGUUUGGUUGUUUUCUGUCAGAUUGUAAAAAUAUUAAUUUACGAAUUCUUCUUUCGUAGCAUAAAAAUCAUGAAUUAAAUAUAUUGGUGAGCCACAAGCAAAAAGAAAAUAUCUGUUGAUAUUUAUUUGGUUUAAGUAAGUAUUUUCGCGGUGACUCGGGAGGGUGUGGUUCGGAAAUAAAGAGUAACUGUUAUUAAUAAUAAUAUACAUCGAAAUCGGAUUUGGUUGGAAUCUACAACAAAAUGAAGAACACUUUCAAACCCGCUCUGUUUGUAUUACUAAUGUGUGGUGUGUUUGGUGCUGAUGAAGUGAAGGCAGUGUCAGUGAUGGAGGGAGAUUCUGUCACUCUAAACCCUGAUCUCACUCAAAUACAGGGAUUUCUUGAGAUAGAGUGGCAUUUUAAAGAUCAACUCAUUGCUUAUACUGAUGGAAGUAAGCCCACAUAUCCUGAAGAUGAGAGAUUCAGAGACAGACUGAAGCUGGAUCAUAAGACUGGAUCUCUGACCAUCACGAACAUGAAAACCAAACACUCUGGACUGUAUAACCUACAGAUUGAACUCAACAGUGGGCUCUUACCUGUGAAUUUCACUGUCACUGUCUAUGAUUCUCCAUCUGUUAUUGAUGCUGUUAAAGGUGAAAUGAAGAUCGAAUCAGUGAAGGAGGGAGAUCCUGUCACUCUUCAGACUGAUGUUACUCAGCUAUCCAGAGAUGAGCUGAUAGUGUGGAGGUUUGGAGAAGAAGGAAAACUCAUAGCUAAAGCUGAUAUAGAGGCUAAGAGCUCACCAUUAUAUGAUACUGAAGAGAGUUUCAGAGGCAGACUGGAGCUGGAUCAGACUGGAUCUCUGAUCAUCACAAACACCAGAACCACAGACUCUGGACUUUAUAAAGUGAAGAUCAGCAGGAAAAACCAGACCGUAUACAAGAGAUUCACUGUUACUGUCAGUGAUCAGACACGCGAAUCAGGUCUGUCUUCAGGUGCUGUAGCAGGGAUUGUUGUUCUGCUGUGUGUUGCUGCUGCUGCUGCUGCUGGUGUGAUUUACUAUCGCCACAAGAUCUCUGAACUACAAAAGCAAACAUUGACAGUGAAAGAGGGAGAUCCUGUCACUCUGAAGCCUAAUAAAGAAAUAAAGAAAGAUGAUAAGAUAGAGUGGCAGUUUGGAGAUAAAAGCAGCAGACUAGCAUAGCUGACAUCAGAACAGAGACCGAGAGAUCGUUACAUAUGACUAUGUUGCUGGUGAGAGAUUCAGAGACAGACUGGAGCUGGACAAGGCGACUGGAUUUCUGACCAUCAGGAACAGCAGAACUGAACACUCUGGACUCUAUACACUACACAUCAGAUCCAGCGGUGGAGAUUCAAAGCAGAGAUUUGUCCUCACUGUCAAAGAAAAUGUGGAGGUGAAAUCAGUAGAAGGAGACUCUGUCACUCUAAAGCCUGAUACUGAAAUACAGAGAUGAUCUGAUGCUGUGGACGUUUGGAGAUCAAGACAGUCUCAUAGCUGAAAUCAGAGGAGAGACUGUGGCGAAAUAUGAUGAUGGUGCUGGUGGGAGAUUCAGCGGCAGACUGGAGCUGAACGAGACUGGAUCACUGACCAUCAGAGACAUCACAGCUCAACACACUGGACUCUAUAAACUACAGACCAUCAACAGCAGCAGAGGGACCUUGUGCAAGAAAUUCAGGGUUUACAUGCCAUGUUCCUCAGGAAAGCCAGUGAAUAAAUCAGCGUCGGUACAGAUACCGCUGCUGGGUAAACAAGUUCCUGAUGGAGUGAAAGAGCAGGAGAAGAAGAGUUCAGUUUAACAACAUAAGCCCGCCCACUCCUGUCAAUCACUCUGACAUCAUCCGCUCCAGCUCCAACACAAACAUGCUUCUGCUUUAAUGAGCCUCCAGACUCCGUCCAGAGAACCUGUUGUUAUCAGUCUGACUCUCACAGAUCUGAUUCUGUGUGACUGGAGACAGUGAGGGUCAGAAAGUGCUUUUUAUAAGAUGUUUUACCGCAGCUGUAUUUCUCUAACCACUGCAUGUGCUGAUUUUAUAUCAUUAACACCAGUUUAAUGUUUAUGAUUACAGUGUGUCUCAAAUCUGAGAUCACAUGAUCUUCUCCUUCGUGUGUGUAUAGUGCCUUUGUAUUCAAGCUGAAGCUCUUCAAAUAGCCUUAUUGCACUUGUAGCAAAACAGAUGGAAAAACACCUUUGUUCAGUUCUAGUAGUGAUAUGAUACACGAGCUUUGUGUUGAAUAAUAUUGAUGUGAGAUACUGAUAUGCGAUGAUCUUAUAUCUGAUCAUUUCUGUCGUCUGGUGGACAAACACUGAUACUGCUUUUGCUUCCUAACAACUGUUUAAACAUGCAACGCAUAAACAAUAUACCUAUACAUAUAUAUAUAUAUAUAUAUAUACACGUUUGAAUGAGUUAUAUACGUAUUGACCCGAA